AAACGUUCCUUUCUGCCUGUAUCGUCCUUUGCCUUGAUAGUCAACAACAGCAGCUGCUGCUAAAAUCUCCAGCGAUUGAUCCCUUAUCAUAAAGUCCGCUCCAAACGUCCCCCCUCUGAAAGGACGCACCGGCUCAUGAAGUCUUAACAGCUGUUUCUCAGUUUCAGAAUGUUGCAGAUCCGUAUAUUUUGUUUCUGGUUAAAAAAAUCCAAAAGAAAACCGGGCGAUUGCUCUCCACCUCUGUUAUGGAAAGGAAAACACAAAUGAAAACAUUAUUUCAACAUUUCACUCCAGCACAAAGACGACCUGCCCUGGGAAAUGAGCACGGUAUUUAUUUUUUUCUAAAAAGGGCAGUGCAAUGGACGAACUCAGCCAGGCGCUCUCGGCCAGCUUCUCGGUCUCUCAGGAGCCCAACAGCACGUCAGCACCCCACCCUCGCCUUGCGCAGUACAAGUCCAAAUACAGUGUGCUGGAGCAGAGCGAGCGACGCCGCAGGUUCCUGGAACUGCAGAAAUCGAAAAGGCUGAAUUAUGUAAACCACGCAAGACGGCUGGCUGAUGGUGACUGGACAGGAGCAGACAGCGAUGAAGAGCAGGGGGAGGAAGUGGAGGCAGAGGAAGAGGGGAUGGAGAUUGGGGAGAAGAAAAAACUGCCAAAACACUAUGCCAAUCAGCUGAUGCUGUCGGAGUGGUUGGUGGACAUCCCCUCGGACCUGGCCACUGAGUGGCUAAUGGUGGUCUGUCCUGUUGGGAAGAGGUCUCUUAUCGUGGCUUCCAAGGGUUCGACUGCAGUCUAUACGAAAAGUGGCUACUGUGUGAACCGCUUCCCUUCCCUGUUGCCAGGUGGAAACAGGCGCAACUCUGCCAUAGGAAAAGAUUACACCAUCCUGGACUGUAUCUUCAGUGAAGUGGACAGGACGUACUAUGUCUUAGAUGUCAUGUGCUGGAGAGGACACCCUGUGUAUGACUGCCAGACAGAGUUCCGAUUCUAUUGGCUGCACUCAAAAGUACAGGAGGAGGCUGUGAAGCUCGCAGAAAUAACCAAGAUCAAUCCGUUCCGGUUUGUUAGCCUGCAAAGCGUCCCAUGCUCGUCUGAGUCCAUCUGUCAGGCCCUUGCUGCGGAGUACAGCUUCCAGGUGGACGGCCUCUUGUUCUAUCACAGACAGACGCACUACACCCCCGGCAGCACCCCUCUGGUGGGCUGGCUGAAAUCCUAUAUGGUGCCAGACAUUCUGGGCCUGAAGGUGCCGGCUGGGCCGCUGACGGCUAAACCGGACUACGCAGGACAGCAGCUGCAGCAGAUCCUGGUGUACAAAAAGGGGCCGCGCUCGGGGGAGGUGAGGCCGGGAGCAGAGAACGGAAGUUACGAGCUGGAGCACCUGUCCACUCCGCAGCAGCCAGGGGAGAAGACUGACACUCCGGGCAAAAUGGACACAACCCAUUCUAAUACCUAAAUCCAGUUUACCUUCUUGUCAUUAUCUUUUCAAGGGUGGCGAUUUACAGAAUUGUCACUUAUAACAUACUGUGUAACAGUUACUGCUUUCAGCUUGCAAGCACUGUGAAGCUGCUUUUUCAAAGUACUUUGCUUUUUUCUUCGUGUCUGUUUUAAAGGAUUAAAUGAUGCCCAUUUUAUGACCGUUCCAACAGGGCUAGAACAGAUUGAAGAUCUACUUGUUUUAACAUCGAGCAGUGUGUGCAGUUAUUUUGCUACCUGUUCAAUUACUGGCAACAUUACCAUUUCAGAUCAGAUAUUGAGUGAACUGAGGUGCAAUGAAGUACUGUUUUGGAAAAUUGGGUCAAGAGGCACAGUAGUGGUAUGAACCUGUGGUUAAAUCUCCCUCUUGCAGCAUGCAAAUAAGAAGGAAACUGAGUUUGCAGAAUUCAUGUGUUCACUUGUAGGCCAAAUAUCAGAUUUUGUCGAUCCUGAUAUGGUUUUUAGAAUUGCAUUUAUAUAACUGUUAAAAGGACGGGAAAGAAACAGUAGAAAGUUACAAGAACACACAGGAUAGAACUUUACUUACUGAGCUCUAGUCGACAACACAGCAAUACAUCUAAGUCAUGUCUCUGCCAUGCACAUCAUUUUAAGGAGAUUGUAAAUUAUGUAGUAAUGUAAGCUGUUUGUCUGUACCUAAAAAUCACAAAUAAAAUAUGCACAGUUUUUUUCUUA